ACGCUCAACCAAAGAGCUGCUCCGAGUCCCACGAAUGGGAAUUCACCACUGCACAUAAAUCCUGCCAAACUGGAGACCCCAGCUCAGGUUCCAGCCAGCCCACUGUCCACUUACAUCCCAAGCGAGGUCUCGAGACCCACCUUCACCAUCGGACCGAAUGAUCUUCUGGCAGAAGACACCCCCACCUCUUGGGAUCAGCUCUCCAGGAAAGAAUUCCAAGAUGCAGGAACGAUUACCGAUGUGUGUUACAGUGAAAAUGUCCCUGAGGUUGAGAUCUUCAGUUUGUUGGAGGAGGGUUUACCAAGGUAUACACUGAGGGCAGACACUGUGUAUGGUUACAGUCAUGAUGACUGGUUAAACACUCCACUCGUGGCUCCCGACAAUAACAUCCGCCUCACUCAGGAACAGAUCGAGGAGACACUAAAGUAUUUCCUUCUUUGUGCAGAAAGGGUGGGCCAGGUGACAAAGACAUACCAUGACAUCGAGGCUGUCACACACUUACUGGAGGAGAAAGAGCGUGAUCUGGAGUUGGCGGCUCGGAUUGGGCAGUCUCUCCUGAAACAGAACCGGAUCCUGACCGAGAACAAUGAUUACCUGGAGGAACAGCUCCAACACAUCAACGAGGAGGUUGCACAACUUAAACAUGAAGUGAGCAUGAGAGAUGAUCUUCUCCAUCUCUACACCAAUACAACAGAGGACACUGAGCCCAAUUCAUCCUGCUGCAGCCCCUUGAGACGGAACGAGUCUUCAGUCUCUCUCCAGAAUUCCGUCCACCUGGAAUUCAUGCAGCAGAAACUCCACUGCUUGGAAGACGAGAACCAGAAACUGAGGCACAAGGCUGCUCAAUUAUCAACCGAAACGUUGGAGUACGAGAGCAAGGAGGAACAGCUGGUGGUAGAAUGUGCCAAGGAGCUGGGGGAAAGUAAUAAUCAACUGGCAGUGGUUUCUGAAGAGCUGGCACGAAAGAUGGAGGACUCGGUCCGGCAGCAAGAGGAGAUCAGUAUCCUGCUCGCACGGGUAGUGGAAUUACAGCAGAAAUGCAAACUGUGCACUACAGAAAACGAAGAGUUAACUCAAUACCUUGUCACAUCGAGAGAGAUACAGGAGCAACUAAAGACUGAGGUGCAGUACCUGCGGGAGAAAUAUUCACAGUGUGAUGCGAUGCUGCACGAGGCACAGGAGGAGGUGAAGAAUCUGCGGAAUAAGAACGCUCCCAACAGCUCCAUCAACCGCUACCACACGGUGCCUGUCUAUCCCAUGGACUCCCUGGCUGCUGAAAUUGAAGGAACAAUGCGGAAAGGCUUAUAUGUGGAUACUGCUGCAUCGCACGAGAACAGUAACUACAAUCGAAGGGUGUUUGAGACAGUCCGGGCAGUCAACCAGACAGUGAGGCUGAAAUCUCGCUCCCAGUCCCCCCAGAACAUUCCAGGCUCCAGUCCAUCAUCGACAGGACAAUCUGGAUCUAGCCGCUUCAGUACCCCUCACACCAGCUUCUACGAGUCGAAUACUUCAAGUUUUGGAUUGGAUGACAAACUGCAGUCACUGAACCUGGAGACUGAGAACACUCCGGAGGAGGAUGUGGACCGGAAGCCUGGAACGCCGGGUACUCCUGGAUGUCGGGAUUUACAUGCUGCUUUGCAGCGACUGUCUCAGAAGCAGCUGGCUUCAUCCGAUAAAACUUUCUUUGAGCAGGAGCGGGACCAGAAGCUGAAAACCCUGACCGGUGACGAGGUCUUGUCCAGUGGGUUAGUCACCCCAGCUGAGAGUGUCCUGUCAACAGGCACCAACUAUUCCGGGAGCUCAGGGAUAACCGGAUAUUCUGCCUUUUCUGUGAGCUCCCACCCCAACUGCCCUGAUAAAUUGAAGAUUGUGAAGCCGUUGGAAGGUUCAGUGACUCUCUAUCAAUGGCAACAACUUGCUCAGCCAAAUCUCGGAGGGAUACUGGACCCACGGCCUGGAGUCCUUACCAAAGAUUUCCAGCAACUGGACAUCGACACGGGUGAAGUUCACAACCUCAAUGACCUGGAAGAAGAUGAAACAGACUUGGCUUCAUUCCAGGAACUCAUAACUGCUGUAGAAAACAAACCAGACCCCAAUGUUUCAGUGUAUCAAUCCACAAACCGACUGCCCGACACUCACUCCACCUACACUAUUACCACCUGCCGUAUCAUGCAUCCCUCCGAUGAGCUCACCACAAUGACACUGAGUUUUCAUCACAGACCCAGCUCCUCUUGUGGCAGCUUUGGCAAGUUGAGGUCUACCUCAUCUGAUGGGAACUUGGGCAGACUGAGGCCCAUCUCUUCAUGUGGAAAUUUUGACAGAUUUCAGCCUCCUCUAUCGCAUGGGGACAUAAGCUCUUUGAGAUCUACCCUAUCCAAUAGAAACUCUAAUACCUUGGGGACCACCACAUCCAGCACGGAUUUCGAGGGACUGCAAGCCACGUGCUGUUCUCCCCACCGUCAGCGUUAUGCAUCUGAGUCAGCCACUAACCUGAGAGAACAUACCAUCACAAUGAGCACUUCAUUUGGAUUAGUCACAUUGCUAAAGGAGCAUGGAAUAUCUGCAGCGGUGUAUGACCUUGUCAGUAACGCUGAAGACAGCAGUGCUGCUGAGGGUACUGCCAUUAUUCAACAGCACUCUAAUGGAACCCUGCCCAAUAUCCCAGAUCCAAGAGCACAGUUGAUCUACCUUUCUAAAUCUCCAUUUGAACUGAAGUAUACCAGUCCACCUCUAAAACCCUUCCUUACCUCCAGCUUAGCAAGGUCCAUGCUCAAGAGGAUGAGUUUCGCAGAGGAUGGAAGGAGCCCAAGUGACAACAGGACCCAAAGAAACAUCUUCAGCUUGAACCUGGUGGAAAAACUGAAGCGUCUUGGUUUAGACAAAGUGGUGGCCAGGGGGAUGGUUAACCCUGAGGGCCAAAGGUUGACCAGACUCACCCGAAGAUUCAGCACAUGAGAAAUGGGAGUAGCAAGACUUUGACUUCCUAAAUGUAAUGACAGAUCCUCCAGCAGGAUCAGAAUGAAUGACCCCCUUUCACCCCCUCUCUCCUCCACUUCCCUACCUGCAUUGUAUUUAAAAAUACUGAACCUAGUCAUAUGACUAUUGCAGCAGGUUCCCAUCAGUCAAUCCAAGAUCCAUUCCAUUUUAUUUCAGUUUUGUAUGCAUUAAGCAAA